UGGAGUGAAAAGUUUGAGCUAGAAAACGGUCGCUCUUUAUAUCAUAAUUAGGUCAUUAGUGCAAUAACGACUACGACAAGACGGAAUAUUAUUUUUUAUUAUGGUGUGAAACCAGUUCCAUCUUCAGCACUGUAACACUGAUUGCCGGGGCCUGAGGGGUGACGGCAUGGCGGAGGGCGAUGAAAGCGCAGGCGGGGAGUGGAAAGAGAAAUACAUGGCCCUCGAGGCCCUGCUCUUCAAGUUCCGUGGACAAAUGAGCGUGAUCCGAGAGCUCACAGCAGAAAAGAUGCAGCAGUUGGAGACGCAGGUACUGGAAGCCGAGCGUCGGGCAUAUGAGGCCAACCAGCAGGUGCAAUGGAUGGAAGAACGUCUAAAGGCAUCAGAUAUCCAGUCGAGUGAUUCAGAGCUGCGGCUGUUCAGGCGCUGCCAAAAUCUUCAAAAGCUACUGCAGGAGAAAGACGAGCUUAUUGCCACCCUAGAGCAACAGCUGGAGGAACAGAAACAGAACCGAAUCCAAGAUGCCAAGACGGUUGAAGAAAAAGCAGCAAAGAUCAAAGAAUGGGUCAUGAGGAAGCUGAAUGAAUUUGAUAUAGAGAAUGCCUCCCUGAGAGAGAUCAACCAACAACAAGAGGCUGAGAUACAAGACCUGAGAAGACGACUGCAAGCUGUGGAGCUGACUUUGGGUUCUGGUGGUUCAAUCCAGCCCAAUAUGGGUGAGGCCCAGCGGCUCAGCAGUCUGACUUUUGGCUGUUUCCAAAUCAGAGGGAAGAGCCCUCAGGUGCUGACGGGCCCAGAGCCGUCCCAGAAGAGCAUCAGCACCCUGCCGGAUCGUGACCCCACACACACAGACUGCAGGAGACCCUCUACUGAUUCUGGAAUGAAACAAGAUUGUCCAGAAACAGAGUGUGUUGGCCGUUGCCCUAAGGCAGGAUCAGAGUACGAGGAUGAGCGGGACAGUACCGGACACACGCUGUCCUGUGGUGUGUCCUCUAUCCUGACCAGUGCUGCCUCUGAAGGGGAGAGGAGUCUGUUUGGAGGUUUGCGUUUCAGUCGACCCGCCAGUGAGACCUACCACACAGCCUCAGAUGACAGCAGCUCGCUGUUUGACGAUGACAUGCAGCGCGUGGAGUGCUCCAGACUUUGCCUUCCCGGCACCAAGAGCGCUUCAAAAAAAGACAGCAAGAAGGUGGAUGCUGAGGAUGGAUCCUCAGAUGAGCUGAAUAAACGCUUCCAGUCACAAUGUCUUGAUUCCUCGUCAUCCUCCAGUGACACAAACACUCCCAGCCCCAUAUUAACUCCAGCUCUCACACCAAAGCGGCCCACCCCGUCCCAGGACUCCCAAGACACCCCAGCCUCCCCCAAACAGCCCCGACUGCGCAAUCCAAAUGUGUUUAAUGUUAGUUUGGCAUUGGCUAAAAAGCACCUGAGUCAGCCUCCGCUGUACAGUGAAGCAGCCCAUGGGCGGACACGAAACGCCAUCAGCAUGCUACGUCCUCUACGGCCUCAGGAAACAGACAUGGACCAAGAGCAAAAGAUGGAGACUGGUGAACGAGAGCAUGUUGAUGUGCCCUCAGCUGAAGUGCCACCUGAGGAACCAGAAACACCCGACAUCUCUGCAGCCGUGCCUGGGAGUAAACCUCCGACCCCUCCGCUGCACAGACUGCCCUCUUGGGAGAGCAGAAUAUAUGCUGUGGCAAAAUCUGGAAUUCGUCUGUCAGAGACAUCGUGUACAGAUGUAGCUAAUAAAGACUCCUCCCACCCAUCCUCAUGCCCCGCCUACAUGCUCUACACAUCCCUCAUCUACAGGAACACAAGCACACCUGUCUUUGCCACACACAAAGGGAAGGCGACUUUGUUAAGCAACAGUCAGUUCUCCGAGGAUUCGUCUAGUUCUGAGGAGGAGGACAGUUCGGAGGAGGGUCAGUCUAACUCUGGAGAGGAAGAGAACUCCCAGACCUCUGGAUCAGAGUCACACAAGAGCAGUAGCCAUGAAAGCCCCCACUCACUUAAGAGAGCUGUGUCAUUGUCUUCUAUGACAUCUGAGAGUGACUAUGCCAUCCCUCCUGACGCUUACUCCACUGACACAGAGUGCUCUGAACCUGAGAACAAACUCCCAAAGACCUGCUCCUCCAGCACUGACAACGGCAAGACUGAAUCUAUGGAGAAGUCUGGGUACCUGCUCAAGAUGGUAAAGACAUGGAAGAAGACAUGGAAGAGACACUGGUUUGUUCUGAAGGAUGGGGAGCUGCUCUACUACAAAUCACCAAGUGACGUGAUCCGUAAACCCCAAGGUCAGAUUGAGCUGAACGCAUGCAGCACUAUAGCUCGUGGGGAUGGCAAACAGAUGCUUCAGGUGGUGACAGGUAAGAGUGUGUGUAAUCUGAAGGCAGACUCCCCAAACCUGCUGGAGGAGUGGCUGAGGGUCUUGCAGAGCAUCCUGAGGAUCAAAGCUGCUAGUCCACUCUUCACUCACCCUGACACACGGCCCGUUAUGAAAGGACAUCUGACAAAGGUGAAGCAUGGCUACUCUAAGCAUGUGUGGUGUGCGCUGUUUGGGAAGACUCUCUACUACUUCAGAAAUCAAGAGGACAAGUUUCCUCUGGGUCAGAUCAAACUGUGGGAGGCUCGUGUGGAGGAAGUGCACAAGUCAUGUGACGUAGCUGAAGUCUCUGCUCAGUACACACUCUCCAUUCAGUCAGUGAAUCAGGACCCCACAUACCUGCUCAUCGACUCUCCUCAUGAGAAGACGGCCUGGCUGUACCAUCUGUCCGUGGCCGCGGGCACCGCAGUGGGGCAGAUGGGGACUGAGUUCGAGCAGCUGGUUGGUAAACUGCUCAGCAUAGAGGGAGAUCCAGGGUCUCAGCUCUGGAGUCACCCGAUGCUCUGCUUCACUAAGGAAGGGCUGUCGUCUCCACUCACCACCCUUCCUUCACAAGCUCUACAAACCGAAGCCAUCAAGCUCUUUAAGACAUGUCAGCUCUUCAUUAACGUGGCCAUUGACACUCCAGCCAUAGAUUAUCACAUGAGUCUUGCCCAGUGUGCUCUACAAGUGUGUCUCACCCACCCAGAGCUGCAGAACGAGAUCUACUGCCAACUUAUCAAACAGACACGGAGGAGGCAGCCACAAGGACCGCCGGGACCUCUGCAGGGAUGGCAGUUCCUGGCUCUGUGUGUCGGGCUUUUCCUGCCCACACCUCCUAUUCUUUGGUAUUUGCAGGUUCAUCUCAAAAGGCAUGGAGAUUCCAGGACGGAAGUGGGAAAGUAUGCCAUUUACUGUCAGCGCUCAUUGGAGCGGACGCAGCAGAAGGGGGAUCGGCAAGCCCGAUCGUCACGAAUGGAGAUCCUGUCAAUCUUACUCAGGAACCCUUAUCAUCACUCCCUGCCUUUCAGUGUCCCUGUACACUUCCUUAACAACACCUACCAGGUUGUUAGUUUUGAUGCUUCAACCACGGUGGAGGAGUUUCAGAGUCGGCUGAACCAGGACACGGGCAUGAGGAAAACUGGUCAGUCUGGUUUCAGCCUUUAUUCUGACGACCCCACUGGCAAAGACCUUGAGCACUGUCUUCAGGGAAACCUGAAGAUCUGUGACAUUAUUUCAAAAUGGGAGCAGGCCUCGAAGGAGCAGCACACAGGCAAAUCAGAGAAUGCCAGGACGGUGAAACUCACUUAUAAGAACCGGUUAUACUUCUCCCAGCAGAUGAGAGGGGAGACCGAGAGAGAGCGUUUGCUUCUGGCGUACCAAACAAAUGAAGAAAUUGCAGCUGGUCACUUCCCUGUCAACAAAGAGCUUGCUUUAGAAAUGGCCGCCCUGCUUGCUCAGGUUGAGUUUGGGGACUUUGAGCGUCCAUUUUCUAGUCCAGGUAGUCAGACUAAGUCUAACCAGACCCUGAAACAGGUUCUAGAGCGCUUCUACCCGAAGCAUUACCGACACUCCUGCACCGAGGAACAAAUGAGACAGUUGCUGCAGAGGCUCUCUACACGAUGGGCAUCUCUGAGGGGUCGGAGCUCAUCAGAGUGCAUACGAAUCCACCUGACCGUGGCUCGCAAGUGGUCAUAUUUUGGAGCCAAACUAUUUGAGUCUGAGUCUGUAACUCCAUCACAGAAGAACGAGCGUGUUUGGCUGGCAGUACAUGAAGAUGGAGUCAGCAUGCUAGAGUUCAACUCUGUAAAAGUCCUUGCGUCCUACCCUUAUAAAAGCAUCGUGACAUUUGGAGCGUGUGGUCAGGACUUUAUGCUGGUAGUAGCUCUGAGUUCUGCCACCAACACAUCCAAAGAUAAGUCUACAGAGAAGCAUCUGUUUGCCAUGGCCCCGUCAAAGGUUCGAGACGUGACGUUGCUCAUAGCCAGCUACAUUAACUGCACACAACAACAAAAAGCAGCAGCGCACCACCUGUCCGCCCCAGCCCUGCUGCUGGCUCUAUCUGGAGAGAUGAAGAAGAGCAAGGAAUCGAGGAGCAAGUCUCCUCCAGCCGCCUGCAGACCCAGCAAAGCACCCACCCUCCUUUAAGUACACACAGCAUGUGUUGGUGUUCACUCAGGACAUAUGUCAGUCCAUUCCCUAGUUCAUUAGUUGAUCCCAGUUCAAAAUCCCUGGCUAGUGUCCAAAACCAUAUUUACAAUACACCAGUUCACAUCAAAGGGAAUCUGAAAAUGAAAUAAGAGAUGUAUUUCUUUAAAGGGUUACUCCACCCCAAAAUGAAAAUUUUGUCAUUAAUCACUUACCCCCAUGUCGUUCCAAACCCAUGAAAGCUUCG